AUCUGUGAAACAAACACUCGUCAUUAGAUUUAGAAACAGAGCUAUUUUUCCUGAAACCAAAGUAGGAACGGUCGGAGUUUCACCUGUUUGACCUAAGGUGUCAUUGGAACAUCAAAGUCAGACAUGGAGAUGAAAGGUGACGUCACAGUACCACAUAGUAUGUGUAUUACAGCCGAAAAUGGUUUGGCAAUGAAGAGAAAGCAAAGAAAUGGAAUAACAAAUAAUGACAGAAAGAACGUACAUCUGCCAUUAAAAAAGUUCAAAAAUAUUUGAAGUUAAAAGUAAAGUGUAUGUGUUAAUAACAGUUUAUAAAGAACAUUUUCACAAACAAAUAAAGACAACUGAAUGAAAGAGAACAAUGAGCGUCGCAGAGAAAACCGAGUCCAAAACAUUUACCAAAGUGAUAAAAGACUACAACAUGGACAAAUUCAAAAUCGACCAUAAGGACCCAAAGCUACUGAAGAUGACCAGGGAAUUUCCUGUCCAGAUAGAUGUAGAGAAUCUAGAGGACGAGUGUCCGCCAACUGAGAUCGAAUUCCUAAUGGGUGAACCGAAGUGGACGCAGACCUGGGAAACCGAGACCGGGGACGAGCAGGAGUGUCUCGCUGAUGACCAGCCAACGUCAGAAAACUUGGAGCAUCCCACAGAGAAGAUGAUGAGGAUUCAGACCCUGAGCAUAAAGGUGAAGGACGAGCUGGACACUCUUAAGGACGCCCUGCGGCUGCAGGGCGAGGUGGAACAAAAGAGCAACGCUGCCAAAGACGCUCUCCAGAGAGAACUUCUGGAGCUGAGGCAGGACAACUUACUGCUCAACAGACAGCUGGAGAAGGAGAGGGAGGCCUGCGGGCUGCUGCGAAACAUGACGACGCGUCUGUCCGCCACGUUGGAGACGGAGACCAAAGCCGUGGAGGCUUUGUCCAGAGAGAAGCAGUCGCUCAGCAAAGAGCUUCAGAAGGAGUACAACCUCAGGAUGCAGCUGAACCACGAGCUGCUCGAGUAUAAAGAGGCCAUGCGGCGGAGAUACCAAACCGACAGAUCCUGCACCGAGCUGGAGGCCAGGAAGAUCGAGUCGCUGUCAAAGGAGAAGGAACUGCUCACCCUUGAGCUCCAGAAGGAGCGUUCCUGGAAAUUACAGCUGGGUGAUGAGCUGCAGGAAUACAAAGAGGCUUUUCUGAGAAGAUUCCAGACGGAGAACUGCAAUCCUGACUCGGAGCCUGGAGACCAUCAAAUGUCAGAGAGCCUCCAAAGUGAAGUCACCAGGGUGUCUUCAAGGCUCGAGACCGAGACCACAAAGAUUGAGUCUUGGUCCAAAGAGAAGGAGUCUCUCCAAGAGGCCUCCUGGAAAAUGCCACCGAGCUCUGAUUUGAAGGGGUUUCACAACGAAGGCUCCGCAAAGGAGAACUCUCUUUGUCAGGUGUUGGAGAGCCUCCGAAACGAGGUCACGAGGCUGGCGGUCGUCCUGGAAAAAGAGGUCAAGAACAAGAGCCAAUCAAACAGGGGCGAGAAUGACAUGAGCGCGGCGCUGCAGCAGGAGCAAAUCCAAAUGAUGCAGCCAAAGGUUCAGGCGUCGCAUCAGAACGUGAGACACUUGCAGAAAUUGAAGGAGUCCAGACAAGGUGGGGAUGCGAUGGAGGUUCAGAAUGAGAGAGUAAAGAACCUGAAGAUUUCAAAUUUUUUGCUUAACCACCAGCUCAGUGUCCAGAGGGACAUCUGUGCCAAUCUUGAGGCUGAAAACGGCAGGCUCUCCAACAGACUGGAGAAGGAGAUACAGAACAACAACUCUCUGGAGAAGCUGCGGGAGUCGGACGCAGCUCAGUUGCAACAGGAGAAAAGGUGGAGGCUGGAACUGCAGAACCAGCUGCAGAAACAGAUGUACGCACAUCAAAAGGAACUGGAGGCCCUGAAACAGUCGUGCGUCGACUUCCAAGCCCUGCACCACGACCUGGAACACCUGAAAACAACCAAUGCUGAGCUCUCCACCAAACUGCAGAACGAAGAAGACCUCUGCCGUCACUUCCACGUUCUGACGCAGAGGCUGACCAGCUACCUGCAGACGGAGCGGAGGAAGAACAAGUGUCUUUCGAAUGCACUGCAAAAGGAGAUGACAAGGAAACAGCACCUGACCGAGAACAUCCAGGGGGAUAAAGACGUCCACCGACAGGUACUGGAGGCUCUGAAGAACCUGAAGGUGACCAACUCCGGAGAGGAGGUUGGGAAACGAUCUCGUAACGUCUUUGGUUGGAGAAAAAAGAACAAGCAAAAGCAGGAAGAGUCCACCGGCUCCUGCUGUGAACACAUAUGUGGCGAUUCCUCACAGAGGGUGACGGAGGUGGAAACUUCCACCACUCAGGAGUAGGCUGGUUUGAGUUCAUUCAUUAUUUCACCGUCGAAAGCACACCACGUUGAUACUCUCUCAAUGAUCGCAGAGGGACAAGAAACAAAACAUGUCAUCGUUUGACCAUGUCAGCCAUGUUUGCACUGGGGAGAAAGCUAUGGGAUUAGCAU